CUUGCACAGGUGUACCGGCUCCUCCCCUUCAGUCUUGCACAGGUGUACCGGCUCCUCCCCUUCAGUCUUGCACAGGUGUACCGGCUCCUCCCCUUCAGUCUUGCACAGGUGUACCGGCUCCUCCCCUUCAGUCUUGCACAGGUGUACCGGCUCCUCCCCUUCAUCUUGCACAGGUGUACCGGCUCCUCCCCUUCAGUCUUGCACAGGUGUACCGGCUCCUCCCCUUCAGUCUUGCACAGGUGUACCGGCUCCUCCCCUUCAGUCUUGCACAGGUGUACCGGCUCCUCCCCUUCAGUCUUGCGCAGGUGUACCGGCUCCUCCCCUUCAGUCUUACACAGGUGUAGCGGCUCCUCCCCUUCAGUCUUACACAGGUGUACUGGCUCCUCCCCUCCAGUCUUGCACAGGUGUACCGGCUCCUCCCCUCCAGUCUUGCACAGGUGUAUCAGCUCUUCCCCUUCAGUCUUGCACAGGCAUACUGGCACCUCCCCUUCAGUCUUGCACAGGUGUAGCGGCUCCUCCCCUUUAGUCUUGCACAGGUGUACCGGCUCCUCCCCUUCAGUCUUGCACAGGUGUAGCGGCUCCUCCCCUUCAGUCUUGCACAGGUGUAGCGGCUCCUCCCCUUUAGUCUUACACAGGUGUACCGGCUCCUCCCCUUCAGUC